AUGCUACGACUUUCAGGUCUUUGUGAAUUUGUUAAGAUCAGUGUUGAUGGGGAAUUUGAUGUUGAUGGAACACUUAGUGGUGAUGGAACACUUAGUGGUGAUGGAACACUUGGUGGUGAUGGAACACUUAGUGGUGAUGGAACACUUGGUGGUGAUGGAACACUUAGUGGUGAUGGAACACUUGGUGGUGAUGGAACACUUAGUGGUGAUGGAACACUUGGUGGUGAUGGAACACUUAGUGGUGAUGGAACACUUAGUGGUGAUGGAACACUUGGUGGUGAUGGAACACUUAGUGGUGAUGGAACACUUGGUGGUGAUGGAACACUUGGUGGUGAUGGAACACUUAGUGGUGAUGGAACACUUGGUGGUGAUGGAACACUUAGUGGUGAUGGAACACUUGGUGGUGAUGGAACACUUGGUGGUGAUGGAACACUUAGUGGUGAUGGAACACUUAGUGGUGAUGGAACACUUAGUGGUGAUGGAACACUUAGUGGUGAUGGAACACUUAGUGGUGAUGGAACACUUAGUGGUGAUGGAACACUUAGUGGUGAUGGAACACUUGGUGGCGAUGGAACACUUGGUGGUGAUGGAACACUUAGUGGUGAUGGAACACUUGGUGGUGAUGGAACACUUAGUGGUGAUGGAACACUUGGUGGUGAUGGAACACUUGGUGGUGAUGGAACACUUAGUGGUGAUGGAACACUUGGUGGUGAUGGAACACUUGGUGGUGAUGGAACACUUAGUGGUGAUGGAACACUUGGUGGUGAUGGAACACUUGGUGGUGAUGGAACACUUAGUGGUGAUGGAACACUUAGUGGUGAUGGAACACUUAGUGGUGAUGGAACACUUAGUGGUGAUGGAACACUUGGUGGUGAUGGAACACUUAGUGGUGAUGGAACACUUGGUGGUGAUGGAACACUUAGUGGUGAUGGAACACUUAGUGGUGAUGGAACACUUAGUGGUGAUGGAACACUUAGUGGUGAUGGAACACUUAGUGGUGAUGGAACACUUAGUGGUGAUGGAACACUUGGUGGCGAUGGAACACUUAGUGGUGAUGAGAAACUUGGUAUUAAUAUUGCAAGAUUGAUUAUAACUUAUUAA